CUCGACCAAACUGCAGCACGGACUCAUUUCUCCACGCACCAGCUCUGAGUGAAUGCUCACUCAGCAGGGGUGUUUUGAGAUAGUAGCGCGCUGUGUGUGCGUGUGCGUGCGUGUGUGUGUGUGAGAGUGUGUGUGUGUAUGCGUGGUGGUGGUGGUGGUGGGGGCAGAGGGGAGCAGCUCACCCACCUCCACCUUUCCCGUUCAAAGAGGCUGCAAUCAGGAGAAUGGGCAAAUCGGAAAGUCAAAUGGACAUCAUGGAGAAAUCGAGCAAAUCUGGAAAACGCGGCUGGACGGUGGCUGAAAUUGGCCUGUCUGUGCUCCUCCUUCUGGUCAGCUGCGCCCUGGCCGGCUUGGUGGUCCUCUACACAUCUGCGCUGAAAGAACAAUCUCAGCGCUCGACCGUGUCGCGGAGCUCAGCGGACUUCGGAGGUCAGCUGUUUCGCUCCAACCUCAACAGUGUGUGCACAACUGCAGACUGUGUCACAGCAGCGUCACGGCUCCUGCAGAACAUGGAUGCGUCGGUGAAGCCUUGCGAUAACUUCUAUCAGUACGCCUGCGGGGGUUGGCUGGAGCGCCACGUCAUCCCCGAGACCAGCUCGCGUCACAGCGUCUUUGACAUCCUCAGGGACAAGCUGGAGAUUGUACUUAAAGGCGCUUUAGAGACGGAGAGAGAAGAAGAGAGAGAUGCCAUCAAGAAGGCCAAAGUCCUUUACACCUCCUGCUUGAAUGAAAGCCUCAUCGAGCAACGCGAUUCUCAGCCCCUGCUGAGCCUCAUCGACAUUAUCGGCGACUGGCCUGUGGCUUCUGCGGACUGGAACGCAACCUCUGAGGAAGAAUGGAGUCUCGAGGACACCCUCGCCAUAAUGACGGCUCGCUUUCACAAGAAGGUUCUCCUGGACAUGUACGUGUGGACCGACGACCGGGAUUCUCAACGUCAUAUCGUUUACAUCGACCAGCCAGGACUUGGAAUGCCAUCGCGAGAUUACUAUUUUAACGAUGGAAACUACAAAAAGGUACGAGAGGCCUACCUCCACUUCAUGGUCUCCAUCGCCAAGAUGACCCGGGAAGACAGGAACUUGACACAGGAUGAUGAGGGUGUGUGGGAGGAGAUGAUGCAAGUGUUGGACCUGGAAACAGAAAUCGCCAACGCCACAUUGCCAGCCGAGGAGCGGCAGGACGUCACCGUACUUUACAACAAGAUGACGCUGAACGAGCUGCAGAGCACAUUCAGCUUUAACGGUUUUAAUUGGACACGGUUUAUCCGGGGUGUGCUAUCCAGCGUGUCUCUGGAAGCGCAGCUGGAAGAGGAAGUGGUGGUAUAUGGCUCGCCGUACCUGGACAAGAUGAACGAAGUCCUCUCCAGACACAGUGUUCGAACAAUGCAGAACUACCUCACCUGGCAGCUGGUCAUCGAUCGAGUUAACAGCCUGAGUCGACGUUUCAAAGAAACCAGAGCCCGUUAUAGGAAGACUCUGUAUGGCACCACGGUGGAGGAUGCCUGGUGGCGAGAGUGUGUCCGUUACGUCCAGAGCAGCAUGGAAAAUGCUGUCGGUGCCCUUUACGUGCGUGAAACGUUUGCUGGAGAAAGCAAACGAAUGGUCAGUGAUCUCAUCGGAAAGAUUCAGACGGCAUUUGUCGAAACACUGGAGGAGCUAAGGUGGAUGGAUGCACCCUCCAAGGAGAAGGCCAGAGAAAAGGCCAUGGCCAUCAAAGAGCAUAUCGGCUAUCCAGAUCACAUUCUGCAAAACAGUAACCACAAACUGGACCAAGAAUAUGCACAUUUGAAUUUUAGCCAGGAACACUACUUCGAGAACAUCCUGGAGAAUCUCAAGUCCGAGGCCCACAAGAGUCUGAAGAAGCUCAGAGAGCCAGUGGAUCCCAACUUGUGGAUCAUUGGUGCUGCUGUGGUGAACGCUUUUUACUCUCCCAACAGAAACCAGAUUGUGUUUCCAGCGGGUAUCCUGCAGCCACCUUUCUUCAGUAAACAUCAACAACAGGCUCUGAACUUUGGUGGAAUCGGAAUGGUCAUCGGCCACGAGAUCACACAUGGAUUUGAUGACAAUGGGCGUAAUUUUGACAAGGACGGAAACAUGCUCAACUGGUGGAGCAAUUACUCUGCGGAGCAUUUCAAGGAGCAGUCACAGUGCAUGGUGCAGCAGUACGGAAAGUUCAACUGGAAGCUGGCGGGUGGGCAAAAUGUAAGCGGAAUCAGCACUUUAGGGGAGAACAUCGCAGACAAUGGAGGGGUUCGCCAAGCCUACAAGGCUUACCUCAAGUGGGUGGAGACUGAAGGGGAAGAGCCUCGCCUGCCCGGUCUAGACAUGGAUCACAAGCAGCUGUUCUUUCUUAACUUUGCCCAAGUUUGGUGUGGUGCUUAUCGGCCCGAAUAUGCGAGCCAGUCCAUCAAGACAGACUCUCACAGCCCAUUAGAAUACAGGGUUCUUGGUUCGCUCCAAAAUUUUGAAGCUUUCUCAGAGGCAUUCCAGUGCCAAAAAGGCAGUCCGAUGAACCCCGAGCAGAAGUGUCGCAUCUGGUAGAAGGCUUUAUAUGCUUCGUAUGUCGUAAAGGAGACCCAGUCUUCACGCUGACUGUCUGCAAGGACUCCGUUCAUUUGGGCUGACACCGAUUAUUCCAGUCACAGUUGUUGUAUUUGGAACUGGUGACAUCUUGGGUUAGUUUCAUAGCUUGAAAGCAAACUUUUUGGUGGAUUCACGAGGCAACACUAACAUUUUCUGUGAAGCAAUUUUUAUUUUACCAGGAAUGUUCUGUGCAGAUCGUUAAAGCAAAUCUUUGUGAUUAAUUCAUGAAUGUUUUAAUUCAACCGCCGUGAAGUGUACCACCGUGAGCGUUUGCCGAAGUAAUGAAAACAUUGGCAGCUACAAGAGAAUUAGUUCCACUCUGUGAGUUUGCCAAUUGACUGCUACAUCCAGAAAAUUACCUGAGAUUUAAGACUUCAAUCUUUGCAGCUUGAACCUCAAAUUAACAUUCUGAGGGAGCGGCAGGUUUUAAAAAUAAGUCAGCAAAGAUUUAAAUUUUGUCUUUCCAGAAGCUUUUGUUUGAGUGUGCACAUUACUUGUAGUUGAGGAUACAAAUAGUGAUUCUUAAGAAUGUGAACCCAGAACGAGGAACCUGUCCAACCCAUGAUUUGUUUGAAUUUUAACUGAUAGUUUGAGGAAUACAUUUUCUUCAGACGGUUAAAUGUUAACCUCAUGAAAUAUUUUCAUACAGUACAGAUCCCUAUGUUAUGUAGUACGGUAAUUGUUGUCAUAUUAUAAAAGCAAUGUAGUAAAGAUUACAAAUGAUAUUUCCCAUUUUGUUAGGUUUUACUGUCACCAAAAAUGUGAAAGAAAAAAAAAAGUUAGCGACAAGUGACAAUAAGUCCCCGUUUUGCUUUUAGUUUCAUUAUUCACAUUGUACAUAUUGUCUAACUGUAAUAAUUAAUUCCCACCCCCCCACCCUCAAAAAACAGUUUUUAAGGCAUUUCUGGAUUAUUUCUUUUUUUUGAUCAUCUUGUGUUUUUGGUCGAAUUUUGAGUCAUACGAUCUUGGAAGUGUUGAGUUCAAAGAGUCUGUUGUAUAAACACGUCUGGUAGCCAAUUUAUUUUGAAUAGUCAAACAAGAGAAAUCCUGAUUGUAGCAAAGCUGUUUAAAAAAAAAAAAAGAAAUUUGCUGUUGUGAAUACGACUUUUGACAAUAAUUCCCUUUUCAUUUUUAGUGCUGUAAUACAUAUUUUCCACGUUGACUCAUGAUUGCUGAUUCCAACACAAAAAGUCACCCAAACUUUGCAAAACCAAAAAAAAAAAAAAAAAAAACAUUUGCCUACUACUUUGAAACAAGUACAAGGACAAGGAGGUAACAAGGAAGACCUCAUUUGUUGCCAAGAUGUAAAAAAGUAACAACUUUUGCAUUUCCUAUUGUGAGUACCACUUUUACAAUCUUUUUGUUUUUCUCCUUUGGUGUCAUUAUGCUUUGCUUGUUGUCUUAUCACCCUUGAUUUUUGGCAAAAAUGUCAACGCAAGUUUAAAAAAAAAUGAUACAUACUAUAACAAGUCAUUAUGUAUUGUUUUAUCGCAUUUUUUUUUUUUUGGGUGACGAUGUGGAUUUGAGCUUUCUGGAAUCGUUGUAGUCUGUAGGAAUUUUUGGACACAAACGCUUACACAAGAACGGCCGACUGAACAGGCAGCGGCAAGUAGAACCUCACAUUGAGUUCAUGGAGAGGAAAGGACAACAAUGCCUUGUGACCGCCAAUAAGACCCCGGACGAAUGGGGCUGGGACUGUUAUUUUCUAUAUUCUUAUUACCAAGUAACGGCAGGAGACUCAAAUCGGAGUAUAGACGGAGAUAGUUGGAGGGCGUAGAGUGGUGUAAUUAAUGUUGCUUCUGUGGUGUAGAGAGCUUAAAAUAAACACACACACAUUCAGGUUGCCUUGUGACUGUUUAGUCUGAAUGUCCUAUAGUCUACAAGAUAAGUACUAGAUAUACAUUUGUUAGUGUACUUCUUUGAUGUUCUUCACAGGAUUAUUCACAUGUAGACACAUCAGGUGACAUCUACAUGGUGAAACUGUGCUGUUAUUACCAGCCAAGUACUUAUAUAGAUAUAUAAAUAUAUAUACAUACGCAAACACACACACACAUAGAACUAGAGUGUAUUUCAUAUAUGUGACACACACACACACCACACACACACACACACACACACACACACACACAUAUGUGAGAGGAGGGGAAUUUAUCUAUUUAUAAGAUUUCAUUGUUGGUUUGCCCAAUUUCAAAUGUAUAAAUGUUUUAUGAAUAUUCCUGCUGUUAAUUUGAUUUCUAAGACUGCUAUUUUU